AUGGCUGACGAAAGGCUAGUGGUCCUGAAUCGUUGUGACAACUUGGGAUUUGGAUUUUCUUUACUCGGCGAAGCCGGUUUGCCUCAUAUUAUUUACGAAAUCGAAGAAAAUUCUCCAGCUGCUAAGAGUGGUGAGGUAGAGGUUGGUGAUGUAUUGCUCAAGGUCAAUGGAACUGAUGUCAAUAGAUUCAGCACACGAGAAGUCUUAAAAUGCUUGCGAUUAUCAGCGGAUCCUGUGACUCUUCGUCUCAAGAAAGAUCCACAGAUCAAAGCGAACGUACGACGCUAUCUCUCAUCCGGCGAGAGGCGUCCUAGCGGGCCACGUAUCAAACAAGAUAAAUGUGGAUCUCCUCCGUCUAGUAAUUCUAAUAGUUCGUCGAGUUCGUCGAACGGUCUAGUUCGGUCUGGCGAGAGCUGUGAAGCGUUGAUUGAAGAUCGGUCUGACAGACCGAGACUCACUCAACCUAAGUUCGAGGCCUACAUGAUGACUGGCGACCUCAUGCUGAACCUCUCCAGGGUUGAGCACCCGCAUCAUAACCACCACGCGCCCACCCAUCGCACACACUACCAUAGAUAUAAUUCAACCCCAGCCUCCCCUAGUGAAAACCGUCUAGCAGCCCGUGUUGAACUAACACAGAGGCACAACUCAUCACCCAACACCGGCCUAUCGGAUCAUGCGAGUAAAAUGUUCAAUUCCCAGCCAGCAUCUCCCGCCGGUGGUAAUAACUCAUCAGCUGAAUCCAAUACGAGGACCCAACAUAUAGUCAGAACAUCAAGAUCCGAAGAUCAUCUACAGAAGGAAUCGUCUUUGAGCGCGGUCGCCGUUGAUAUGGAAGAGGAUGUGACGUCAUCGCUCAAUACACUAUUGGACGCUCGGCCUGACUCCGCUACACCGGGACCUCGAUCGGAUUCCGACGAAAGAGACAGGAUUGUAUGGACGUACAACGCCCCGGUGUCUCAAUGUAACGGCUCAGCGGCGACAUCAAACUCUACCUCCAUAUCAGAUGGAAUGUCACAACGGUCUUCUUCCCCGUUAUCUCCAACAUCAGCGUCGUGGUCCGCUCUAUCCCCACCACAUCGAGCGCCCCCCCUACCUCGAGCACCACUCAAUGGUGAUAUGAGUUUAUCGGAGGCCGUAUCAAAUAUAUCGAGCCCUGAUUUCCAAGAUCAAGACGACAUGUUCGAAACGGGUCGCGAAUGUCCCAGAAUGGAACUAUCCGACCCAUCGGAUUCUGACUCAACAAUACUAGUUUCCGAGCCGUGUCACAAAAGGGCUAAAUCAAACUCUACGUACUCAACGGAACACGGAAGUGACGUCACACUCAACGGCGACCACAGCAAGGAGUACAGGAUAGUCAUACAAGUGAAGGGCCCCGACAAACAGAACAAUUCCAGCGAUAAUGUCAAUAAUAAUAAUAAUACUAAUUACGCACAAAAUGGAAAAGAAAACGGGCAUAACUCACCCGAAAAUCAAGGUUAUCAGGAGCUAUGUAGCGGUUCCGACGCGUGUUCAGAUGACGGUUCAGACGGUGACUCUCUACACUCAUUCCACUACAGUCCUAAAGCAGUGGACAUACCUUCAGCUGAGAGGCUCGCGAAAAGACUUUAUAAUCUAGACGGGUUCAAGAAAUCUGAUGUUUCAAGACAUUUAAGUAAAAACAAUGAUUUCUCCCGCGCCGUAGCAGAGGAGUACGUGAAACAUUUCGAGUUCGCAAACACUACUUUAGACGAAGCGUUGCGAGCGUUCCUCGCGAGGUUCGCGCUUAGUGGAGAAACACAGGAAAGGGAACGAGUCUUAGUUCAUUUCUCACGACGGUACUUAGAGUGUAAUCCGGGGGCGUUCAACUCACAAGAUGCGGUUCACACGCUCACGUGUGCUAUAAUGUUACUUAACACGGAUCUCCACGGCUGUGGAGGUACGUUCAGGCGUAUGUCGUGCGCAGAGUUCAUAGACAACUUGGCUGAUCUCAACGACGGAGAAAAUUUCCCUAGAGAAACAUUGAAACAUUUGUACCACGCUAUACGGAACCAACCGCUGCAAUGGGCACUCGAUUCCGAAGCAACAAACGAGAUUCGUACCGCACCCGCCGUUGGUAAUAAUCCGUUCUUAGACCUGCCAGACCAGAGCCGCGCGGUUGAAUAUAAGAAGGGUUACGUCAUGAGGAAAUGUUGUUACGACGCUAACGGAAAGAAAACUCCAUUCGGUAGACGUGGUUGGAAGAUGUUCUACUGCACGCUGCGUGAUCUAGUCCUUUACCUGCACAAAGACGAACACGGCUUCCGAAGGAGUCAGAUGUCUGAUAACCUGCACAAUGCUAUACGAAUACAUCACGCCCUGGCGACGAAAGCCACAGACUAUACAAAAAAACAACAUGUUUUUAGACUGCAAACUGCUGAUCAGGCCGAAUACUUGUUCCAGACAAGUGAUUCAAAGGAGUUAUGCUCAUGGGUGGAAACUAUCAACUUUGUAUGCGCGUCGUAUUCAGCCGCGCCUUUGGCCGGCGCCGUCGGCUCGCAAAGGAAAUUCCAAAGACCACUGCUGCCUUGCACUCACACGAAACUAUCUAUGCGAGAACAACUAGCAGAGCAUGAGGAGCGUGCGGCCCGUUUAGAGGAGGAAUUGGCAGCGUUGAGACUAGCGAGAGAUCCACAUAGCAGGGACAAAGAUCAUUACCUCAUGCACGAGAUAAAGAGGUAUCGAACAUACGCGUACGUGAUGCGUACUCGAGGCGGCGGUAUCGGUGCUGAGGAGAACGCGCCCGCGCUGCCCGAGCGACCCCACAACCCUCACCACGCGCCGCCCUGA